AUGACGAGCCGCAUAGAUCGACUUGAGAUGUCGCUGAUGCAAAUCGAUGGGAAAGAGGGCCUACGCGGCACCCUCGAAAGUGGACUGUUUGACUCAGCUCUCGGCAGAAGGAUUGGUGGAGGACUAAUGAACCGCAAAUUACUCGGGUUAAUGCCUCCAAGAAGAUCACCUGAGCCGCCAGCAGCUCCGCGGCCACGUCUGCGAGCUCCAAUUUUGGGACAAAUGUUGUUCGAGCCUCUCGAUUUACGAGUACCGCCACCGCAGCAGCAGCAACAGGCCCCGGCGAUGCAACAAGCCUAA